AGAUCUCGAUUAGUGAGACUUCGCAAUAGUCGAACGGUCGAUUCGCUGCAUUAUUCGUUUUCAUAUGACGGAUCACCGUUCAAAUAUAGGCCACACGACCGGUGGAUUUCGGCGGCAUGUAGCAAACGUGAUAGUAAACGAAGAAUUCUGUCGAACUGGGAGAAUGGAUAGUGCAGUCGUUUUGGGGAAAUGGAUUUUCUUAUGCCUUUGUUUAUCGCAAUGCGCUUACGCGCGUCGUAUUCUCGAGGAGCCAAGAAUACAUUUUUUGAGUGCAGGUGACGUUGUACAAAAUAAUAAUCCUGGUCUAAAAACAUAUUGUCACAAUGCUUCGUCAAAGUAUUUGACACAUUUGUGGAGAACUAUGACUAUGGAUCUCCAGAUCAAUUCAGACUCUUAUAUUUUGUAUAAUGGUAAAACUCCUCAAGAAAUUCACCAAAAGUAUGAUGAGAAUGAUAAAUCGUGGAAUCUUAAUCUUUUCGAUUCAGGAAAACAUAGACAAUUUAAGAUCAAUCCUUUUGAAGAUACAUGUUUAGGUGUUUACAUAGAUUCUCCCAAUGAAUCUGGCUACAUAAUGAGUUUAAUAGAAACACGUAUUAAUGUUUGGAGACUGACAAUGAUGAUAACGGGCAUUACAGUUUUUUGGUGUGCCAAGAUAUUAAGUCGGAAUUCAUUAUUUUAUUAUGCUUGUGGCAUAAUAUUUGGAGUUACCUUAUCUCUUAUAAUUUUAAUAUAUAUGGCUGGGAAAUUGAUACCACGGGGAAAGACUAUGUAUCUAAUAUUUGCUGCAUCAAUGAGUUUUUAUAUUGCUAAAACAUUAUGGGAAAAUAUGCAAUUAAUUAUAAUGCAAUAUAGAGAAUGGGUGAUGUGGUAUGUUCUUGUUACAUCUUUAAUUAGCUUCAUAAUUUGUUAUCGUUUCGGUCCAGUUACCAAUGUGAGAACAAAACAAAUAAUACAAUGGUUUUUGCAGCUUGUAGGAUUGGCACUGGUUUAUCACAGCAGUCACUUCUGUGAAGCAUCUUUUUCAUGUUGCGUUGUACUUAUACUUUUUUAUAAUUUUCCAAAAGCAGCAUUUGAGCGAGCAAAGAGGUAUUGGCGAAACGUGUUUCCGGAAAAGCGAAAAUUAUUAAAUGAAAAUCAAUAUCGUGAAGAAGGAAUACGACAAACUAAGAAAGCUUUAAAAGAAUUACAGGAUUAUUGCUCCAGUCCGGAAUGUAAUCCUUGGAAGACAAUUUUAAGACUGAAAAAUCCAAUAAGAUUUGCGAAAUUUAUGGAAGGAGAAUCGCAUUUGUUGGAAGAGGAAGUCGACGAAUACGAAGAAGAAAUUUCGAAAAUUUUAGAGAAAGAUGAGUAUACAGAUGAUGAUUCUUUCUGAGUACAAAUGCUUAAAUAAGAAUUUUGUAUCAUGCAGAAAUUUAUAUUUACGUUUUACAACUUAAGCCUUAAUAAUAUAUAAAUAGGAUUUAUUUUUUGUUUGUGUGAGUUAAUAAACUUUUUUCACUUCUAGAAACUGUGAAAAAGGUACUUAAGUAAAUUGUUUGCCUAUAUCUUUAUUCAAACAUGUUUCUUUAUGACAGAUUUCACAGAAAUAUAUAUAUUUGUAUAUGUAUGAAAUAAUUUUUUAUGAGACUAACCUUAUCUUGUAUAUAUUAGUAACGUUUUGUUUAUACAAGAGAAUACAUACAAAUAAAUAAUAAUUUUUUC